CGCCCACUUAACUUUGCACUAAGGGCGGGCAGGGCACGCGCGCUAGUGGACGCACACGCCCCGAUAAUAAUGGCAGAACUCGGGCAACAGUACGAGUUUCUGGAUCCUUCCCUCGCCGGUGACUACGAGUGUGGGAUAUGCCACCAUGUCCCCAGUGAUCCACACCAAGCCCAGUGUUGUGGAGCGACGUACUGCAACGCCUGCGCACGGGGGACCGAGACUGCGUGCUCUAAUUGUGGGGCACCAUCGCCCGUUUUGACGGAGGACAAGGCACAGCGGCAAAAAAUUAACAAGCUCAAGAUAAGGUGUUUACACUGUAGAUGGAAUGGAGAAUUGGGCGACUAUCAUACGCACAGGCAUUCCGAUCUACCGCCCGCCGGCGGCGGCGGCGCAGCAGCAAGCUUAUCGGAAGCCGAUGCGCAUGCGCAAGAGCGGGAAUACCACGAAUGGGACUUGCAGACUCCGUCACGCGGUCGUGAUGAGGAAGAAGAGGAACAAGACAGUAGCGAACGACAUCCGCUGAUUGAACUUCAGCCACUGGCCGCAGAAGACCAAGAUAAGGACAUGGAUGAUGGACAAGACGAAUCUUCAGAUUACAAUUCCACUUCGACUCCCUCUUUUUUCACGGCUAAUCUUGCCACAAAUAGGAGAAAAUGUAUAUUCUGGAGUGGUGUUGUGACAGUGACGCUUUGGUUUGCGCUGACUGUUGCUGCAUCAGUUGUUGCAGUGCUGGAGAUUUUUGGGCGCAUUAAGGAAGAAGACAUCAGUGAUGUAUUCCCUGACUGUGGGUACAGCUAUACCUUUCUUGUUGGAGUCUUGGCGGUCCAGUUUUUGGUGGCUGUUUGUGCCCUUGGGUGGUAUCUAUGCUGCUGCAAAUGUGCUAAUAAAAGGAAAGUGAGAAUAGUUUGUGUCUCAAUGCUCUGUUUCCUAACAGUGGCAUACGCUGUUUGUGUGGUUGGGUUCUCUUCGUCUGUCUUCGUUAACGAACGUAGUGGAGACGUAUCAAACGAGUCAGCAAUAACUAGUGCAAGUGGAAGUGGAUCAAGUGGAAGUGGGAGUGGGUCAAGCGGAAGUGGGUCAAGUGGCAGUGGGUCAAGCGGAAGUGGGAGUGGAUCAAGUGGAAGUGGGUCAAGUGGAAGUGGGUCAAGCGGAAGUGGGAGUGGAUCAAGCGGAAGUGGCAGUGGGUCAAGCGGAAGUGGGAGUGGAUCAAGUGGAAGUGGGCAGUGGGUCAAGCGGAAGUGGGAGUGGAUCAAGUGGAAGUGGAUCAAGCGGAAGUGGGAGUGGGUCAAGUGGAAGUGGGAGUGGAUCAAGCGGAAGUGGGUCAAGCGGAGGUGGGAGUGGAUCAAGCGGAAGCGGAAGUGGGUCAAGUGGAAGUGGGAGUGGAUCAAGUGGAAGUGGGUCAAGCGGAGGUGGGAGUGGAUCAAGCGGAAGUGGGAGUGGAUCAAGUGGAAGUGGAAGUGGGUCAAGUGGAAGUGGGUCAAGCGGAGAUGGGAGUGGAUCAAGCGGAAGUGGGAGUGGAUCAAGUGGAAGUGGGAGUGGGUCAAGCGGAAGUGGGAGUGGAUCAAGUGGAUCAAGCGGAAGUGGGAGUGGGUCAAGUGGAAGUGGGAGUGGGUCAAAUGGGAGUGGAUCAAGCGGAAGUGGGAGUGGGUCAAGCGGAAGUGGGAGUGGAUCAAGCGGAAGCGGAAGUGGGUCAAGCGGAAGUGGGAGUGGGUCAAGCGGAGGUGGGAGUGGAUCAAGCGGAAGUGGCAGUGGAUCAAGUGGAAGUGGGUCAAGCGGAAGUGGGAGUGGGUCAAGUGGAAGUGGAUCAAUCGGAAGUGGGAGUGGAUCAAGUGGAAGUGGGUCAAGCGGAGGUGGGAGUGGAUCAAGCGGAAGUGGGAGUGGAUCAAGUGGAUCAAGCGGAAGUGGGAGUGGGUCAAGUGGAAGUGGGAGUGGGUCAAGCGGAAGUGGGAGUGGAUCAAGUGGAUCAGCGGAAGUGGGAGUGGAUCAAGCGGAAGUGGAAGUGGGUCAAGCGGAAGUGGGAGUGGGUCAAGUGGAAGUGGAGUCAAGCGGAAGUGGGUGUGGGCCAAGCGGAAGUGGGAGUGGAUCAAGUGGAAGUGGGAGUAGGUCAAGUGGAAGUGGGAGUGGUUCAAGUGGAAGUGGAAGUGGAAGUGGGUUAAAUGGAAGUGGGUCAAGCGGAAGUGGAAGCAGGAGUGGAGCGAGUGCAAGUAGGAGUGGCUUAAUAACUUUCUCCACCAUCACUACAACAACAAACACUAACAUUGACAAGCAACCCAAGUGUUUCGAACUGUCUAGCAAGCCAUUUGCUCUGGCGGUGGCUUUCCCUACCCUAUUCCUUCUGUUUAUUAUAGCCCACGGAUGCUUCUUGGUGCUCGAGUGCCGAAAGCAUGGCCGCUCUGAGCAGUAUGAGCUGCUCACUGACCUAGUUACAAGCAGUGAACAUGGAGCUCAGUUGCAGACUGCUAGAGCAACAUUGUAAAGGAGAGCACAUUAGGCUUGUGUUUGUGUUUGCGUAGAUAUGACUCGUUAUGCCUCGUUAUGCGUGUUGUGCAGUGUUAUGGUGCAUUAUGUUGUGUACAUUAUACAUUACACU